AUGUCAGUAAUGAAUGAACGAAUGGACCAUGAAGAUGGUAGUAAAGAUGAUAAGAAAGAUCCAACUUCAAGACCCUAUAAAUGUCCUAUGUGUGACAAGGCAUUUCAUCGAUUAGAACAUCAAACAAGACACAUAAGAACUCAUACGGGAGAAAAACCUCAUAGUUGUAAUUAUCCUGGAUGUUUUAAGAAGUUUAGUAGAUCCGAUGAAUUAACCAGACAUUCUAGAAUUCAUACCAAUCCAAAUUCGAGAAGAAAUAAGAAUUUAAAUAAGAAGAAGCAAGAAUUACAACAUCAACAAAUAUUAAAGAAAGAAGAUAACCAACCUAAAAUAUCAUCAAAUUUAAGUAUAUCACCAUCAAGUCAAAUUCAUCAAGCAGCUGCAGUUUUAGUUAAUCCUAUUCCUAGAUCAACUACUCCUAAUAUCAAUACUUUAAGUCCUGAUAAUUCAAUUAAUUCCUCACCAACAAUCAAUAUAACUUCACAAUUUAAGACUCAACAAUCAUCAGAAGAUUUAUCCAAGAUCAAAUCUAUUCAAUCAGAUGAAGAAAAUUCAUUAUCAGCUUCAAAUUCCAAUUUAUAUUUAAAUUCACCUAUAAACAAAUCCAUAAGUAAUGGAUCGAAUAAUAUGGAUAUUUUGGCAUCGGUAUCUUCACAAGAAUUGAAUAAUUUAAAUUCCAAAUCCUUACCAUCAUUAACAAAUUAUUUCAAAUCAUCUUCAGCUAAUUCAUUUUCAACCAACAAUUUACAAUAUUUAUCAAAUUUAGCAGUCAAUCAAUAUCAUCAAAAACCUAAAUUGAAUACUUUAUCAACAUUGAAAAGAAUGACACCAUUAGAACCUCAUAUUCAACAACCUCAUCCACAUCAUGCUAAUCAUGGACAAUCACAAUAUGGACAAUCAUCAUCACCAAGUAUAAUUUCCCAAGAAUCAGAUUUAGAUUAUGUCAAACAAAGAUUAAAGAAAUCUCGACCAAAUUCUCCAAAUUUUACCAAAACUUUCACAUUACCCAAUUCUCCUGUUAUGGGUUUAUCAUCAACCACAACACCAAUUUUAUCAGCCAACAAUUCAUCAACCAAUUUAAAUUCAUAUUUCCAAGUACAAAACAAUUCCCAUGCAAAUAUUUCCAACAACAUAACACCCACUUCAAUAACUAAUGGAGAAGAAGAGAAUAAUUUACCAAGUAUAAGAUCAUUAAAAUUAGAUUUACCUACGAAUAUUUCUAUGCCAAAAUUUAGGAGGUUUAGUUCCAAUGAAGGAAAAUCUGGUCAAUUUAAGAACAUUAAGGCUGAACCUUCUGUAUAA